AUGGCUGCAUCUACUGACACAGCCCAAAUGACAACCAUGCUCAGUUGUCCAUGCUCGAGUGCCUGCGAGCUAAACUCCAUUGGAUCUUUUACUAUUCCCCGGGGUGCCUCCAAUGACGAUAUAGCCGCAGCAAGACGAGACUUUUCUCAGCGGGAGAUCGAAGAUAUGAUUAUUGAAUUAGACACACCGCUACCUUGUCCAACGGCCACCCUGUCCUGCAGUGCAAUCCAGUCGGCUCUCCCUUCCCCCCCGGAUGUCCAGAAAUACGCGUCCCCCCUUCGGUGGCCCAAAUGGCGCAAGUCGAUAGUGACAUGGAUUUCAUGCGUGGUGACAUGCGUGGCAUGUUACUCUGCUGGUGAGAUGAGCCCAGCAUCAGCAGAGCUAACAGCGGAAUGGGGUAUCACGUUGACAACCUAUAAUUCUGCUGUUACGGUCUUCUGUAUUGGGUUCGGUGUGGCACCGAUGAUUCUAGCUACGUGUUCUGAGAUCAAUGGGAGAAAGCCAGUAUUUAUUGGCAGCGGGAUUAUAUUCUGUGCUUCCACCGUCGCCUGUGGUGGCACUCGUGUAUUUGCCGGUCUUCUGAUUGCCCGGCUGUUCCAGGGAAUAGGCGCAUCGACCUUCUCGACCAUGGUUGGGGGUGUUAUUAGCGACAUCUACAGCACAGAAGAGCGAAACAUCCCGAUGGCGCAGUUUUCGAGUGCUGCAUUGCUGGGUACAGGACUCGCGCCACUUCUCAGUAGCGUUGUUGUCUACCAUUCUACCUGGCGCUGGGUGUAUUACUCUCACGCUAUUGUUUCAGGCUUCUGUGUUGCGGUGAUGUUUCUGUUUUUCAGAGAAACGCGCAGCACUGUUCUUCUCCGGCGAAAAGCAGAUGCAUUAAACAGAUAUUAUGAGGAGCUCGAGCAUCUAGGGUACUAUGGAGUUAUCUUUGAGGGGACGAGUGAGGUAAGACGAAUCCGAUGGAGACCAAAGGAUGAGGAGCAGCAGUAUUCGUUCCGACAAAUGAUGAAAGUCUCCUGCUACCGUCCAUUCCACAUGCUCGUGACCGAACCGGUAGUAUUUUUAUUUUCUCUCUGGUUAUCAUUUGGCUGGGCCGUGCUGUAUCUUCAAUUCAGUGCUGUGCCGCUGGUUUUCAGGACCAACCACAACUUUAGUACGGAACAGAUCGGCGCUGUCUUCACUGCUAUGUGUUGUGGCGUCAUCAUCAUAACAGUUGUGAGCAUAUACCAGGAGCGGAUCGCUAAUCACUUUGGCCUGCUUCCCAAGACACCUGAAGCUCGCCUCUACUUCGCAUGCCUACAGGCGGUACUCGUGCCUGUAGGUCUGUUCUGGUUUGGGUGGACCUCUUUCCCUUCUAUCCACUGGAUCUUCCCUACCAUGGCCAUCGGAUGUUCAACCAUGGGGAUAUUCUCUGUUUAUCUGGCGGUUUUCAACUACCUAGCUGACGCAUAUGGUCCAUAUGCAAGUUCCGCAAUUGCAGCUCAGUCCUUUUGUCGGAAUCUCCUAGGUGGUAUCUUUCCUUUAAUCACCGAUACGAUGUUCACGAAUCUUGGUUACCCCGCCGCCUCAAGCCUCCUCGGGGGGAUAGGUGCUGCCCUGACCCUUGUGCCGUGGGUGUUAGUUUUUUACGGUCCAACUAUUCGUGCCAAGAGCAGAAUAGCUAGUAUUAUGGCCACUUGA